CUCAAAGUCAAGGAUUGCUCCUUCCAAGCCACUUUUUCAAGGACGUUACGUCAUCAAAUCUCGUCAAGCACUGUUCCAAAGUCAAGGAUGCUUUGAAAUUCUAGCAAGUACUGAGUCCAUAGUUCUGAGAAUUUCGGAGAAUUUUGGAGGAUGCAUCGAUGGAUCCUCGGAGUGAAGAAAUAACCCACAAUCCUUUGCGUAUGAACAAUUAGACAUUUUCUGACGUUUCAAGAUGUCCACUGAAAGAAAUGCAAUGAUACAGUUUCUAUUCUGUAAUGGGUUCAAACAGAAGGACAUUUGCCUCAUGUUGGCGUCAAAGGGACAUAAAAUAAGUGACCGACAUUUAAGAAGACUAUUGAAGUUGCUGGGGCUGAGGAGGAGAAGCCCACAGAGACCACUCAGAGAAAUCCGUGAGGCUGUGCAGAGCGAGAUGAGACACUGGUCACCUGACCAAGGCAUCAGAGCCAUGCUUAAACGUGUUCGUGAUGUCAGAGGAGUGCGGCCUUGCUACAGGACUGAUGUUGCUGAAAUUAUGCGUGAUGUGGAUGCAAGUGGCCUGCAGAGAAGGAGUCCAGGCAAAAAAAAAAUCCAAAGGAGGAACUACUACAGCUCUGGACCCAAUGACACCUGGCACAUAGAUGGUAAUGAUAAGCUGAAGUUCUUCGGGAUGUGGGUACAUCUAUGCAUUGAUGGGUUUUCUCGCAGGGUUCUGUGGCUGAAGGUUGGCACUUCAAACCGCAAGCAAAGAUUUGUGGCAAGAUACUACUUUGACGUUGUUGUGGAACUGGGAGGAUGUCCCCGAUUGAUCCGGAGUGACAGGGGAAAGGAGAACCUUCUUGUUGGUGAAAUGCAGACGGCAUUUCACGUACGACAACUUGGGGACCAGGCAUGGCAAUGUUUCAGGAUGGGCACAUCAGUUCACAACCAGGCAAGUUUUUAA